UACAGUUGACGAUGGAAAAUUUGACCACAACAUCAAAAUCAGAUGUCGAAAAUUAUGUGAACACAACUGCAGGUAUCUCGAACAGAACAAGACCUAUGAGACAGAGCUACUUCAUACCGUGGAACAAUCCACACAAUGUCAUCACUAAACAGACGUCAGAUGACAUACUGUUUGUUCUUCAAUGUGUCAUAUUCCCCAUCAUUACUCUGUUUGGGUCUACAGGCAACAUUAUGAGUCUUGUAAUAUUGAUACAGAAGAAACUAAGAAACAGCACUGGUGUCAUACUUAUCGCCAUCACCAUUGCCGACCUAUGCUUUCUGAUUACAAACAUGACCAGAAAGUCUUCCUGCAUUAUCAGUUUGAUCGAUGAAUACGUAGAGGAGAUCUACACGGCAACUAUAUUUGGACCACUUUUCUUUGUCAUUACAUCAUUUAGUCGUAUUUCAGCAUGGCUCGUUGUUCUCGUCUCCAUCGAGAGAGUCAUUGCCGUUACAUUUCCAAUGAAGAUUAAAAUCUGGGUUUCAAAACAGAGAAUGCUUAUGGCUGUGAUUGUAAUAUAUAUUUUAACUUUCAUUUUCUUGAGUCCUAUUGCCUUCCAGUACACUGUUGGAUCCAUGUUCAAUCGGAGAACGAACACCACUUCCUACUUCAUAUCAACAAGUCAGUUCUACAGUUCUUAUGAGGAUAUCUUGACCAUUCAUAAUGAAAUACUCGGCACUGUCCUAUUUCGUUACCUACCCGUUUUCCUUACUAUGCUUUUUAAUUUAAUUAUUAUCAUUAGUCUGCAACAAAGAAGUUUGAGGCGUAAAGGUAUGACGACAUCAAAGACUGACAAUAAAUCAGAAGACAAGAUCACAAGGAUGUUAUUAAUUAUCUCAGCAGUUUGUUUGUUAUGUACAACACCAGGUUCCCUGCUUCUGCUAGUUUCCAGGUUCGUUGAUGGCUUUGAGUUUUUUGGAAAGUAUCAUAAUAUCUUCGUUGUCUCCAGUGAUUUAAGCCUCCUGUUGUCGAUGAUCAACUCUUCAGUAAACUUUAUUAUCUACAUGGUUUGUAAUAAGCAGUUCUCAGAAGCUUACAAGAAAAUUUUCUGUCGAUGCGGAUUCAUCUCAACAAUGAGGAAGCACAAGCCAACAAUGACGGAAACUUCAAAGGUAACUACAAUCACCACCGUAGGGUCAACCUCAACCCAUGAAAAAAUAUCAUCAUUUGUCCCAGAAGAAACUUAUACUUGCGACGAAAAAUCUAAGGAUCAGGUUAGGUAUUUGCCAACCACAGAAGAUAUAUAAAUGUCAGAUAUCUAGACGAAUUGACUAGAAUAUUUAAGGUGACAUUAUCAUCAACCGGAUUAAUAUAUUUGCUAUUGGUAAAAACGGAUUUAUUUAACAACUUAUUGUUUAAGAAUUGAUCAAAUAUAUGUCAUAUAAAUAUAAAAAAUAUUAUUUUUUAAUUUUCGAAAAACAGCAAACAAUCAAUGUAAAUGAUGUGUUGAUGAUGAAAUAAAUUUAUUUGUGAUUGUUAAUUUAUAAGUGUUAGUAAUAAACUGUUAACAAAAGACAUGUCUUGUCUUGCUAAUACUCCAGUCAUUUUAAGCAAACUCGGUCAAUCAUGAUAUUGUAGUGUGGGGAUAUUUCCGUUUUUUCUUUUAAAAGUUGUUAAAUUUGAGCACUCUUUGUUAACAUGUUCUUUAAUUCUAAUAUUAUGGAAAUUAUUGUAAUUUUGUUAUUGAUGAUUGGCUAACAUCUUCAGUAAAUACUGAUUUGAAACCUGUCAAUAAAAAUUCUAGCGAAAACAAUAACCAA